AUGGAAUUUGCUGAUGGCGGUUCACUUGGAAACUAUUUGAAGGAGAAUUUUGAUAAUCUUACUUGGGAAGAUAAAUACAACUUUGCAUACCAGUUGGCUUGUGCGGUGUCGUGCUUGCAUGAAGAAGGAAUUGUGCAUCGUGAUUUGCAUUCCGGAAAUAUAUUAAUUCGUCAAGGCGUUAUUAAACUAGCAGAUUUUGGAUUGUCAAAAAGAAUUGAUGCAGCAACUAAUCAGUCAAAAACUUUUGGAGUAAUUCCUUAUGUUGACCCAAAAUUUUUUAACAAACGAAGAAUUGACAACUCAUCACCACGAUUUAAACUAAACGAAAAGAGCGACGUUUACAGUGUGGGUGUGCUAUUGUGGGAGAUAUCAAGCGGCCGCCCUCCAUUUUAUAUUAAGGAUGAAGGAUACGACAUAAGUUUAGCUGUCGAAAUUUUAGGAGGGCUUAGAGAAAAGAUUAUUCCGGGUACACCUGAAGAAUAUGUGAAAAUUUACAAUGUGUGCUGGGAUAAUGAGCCAAAUAAUCGUCCAUCAAUGAAUCAAGUAGUUGAUAAAUUAAAUGCAAUUAUUACGAUAACAAACACAACAGAAAAUAAUCAAUCAAAUGAUUAUGAACCAAAUGUUCAACAACGUCGGUUGAAUGUCAUUAAUGCUUCUUCUGAUAUAAAUAAUUCAUUGGGAAAUGAAUCUCAAAUCAUUCGAUUUGAUCAAUUAAAUUAUCAAAAGAAAAAUCAUGUAUCAAUAAAUUCCGAAAAUAUUCAUCAUUUGUCUGAAUAUUUAGAAGCAGUUUGGGAAGCCAUUCCAUUAUAG